AUGUUCAGUUCGCUCUCUAAAACCCUGCUUCGCCGCCCGCUGUUCUCGCCCACCGCUUUCAGAUUAAUCUCCACCGCCGCCUCGAAUCCACCCUCUUUCGCCUUCUCUUAUCUCGUGAAUUCAUGUGGGUUGUCCCCGGAAUCGGCGUUGUUCGUUUCCAACCGCGUCGUCUUCGAAACCUCGGCGAGACCCGACGCGGCCAUUAAUGUCUUGAAGAGCCAUGGUUUCUCUCAAUCCCAGAUUUCGGGUAUCAUUAGGAAGUGGCCUCGGCUGAUUUUGGCGAGUCCUGAGAGGACCCUCUUGCCUAAAUUGAAGUAUCUGCGCUCCGUCGGCUUUUCCGGCUCUGAUCUGGCUACAAUGAUCACUUGUGCUCCCUACGUAUUGAGGAGGAGCUUAGAGAAGCACAUCAUCCCCAAUUUCGGUAGGCUUCGGGACUUCCUUGGGGGCGAUAAGUACGCGAUUGUGGCUAUUAGACGCAGUCCGAGAAUAUUGAUACAAGGUUUCGAGGCUACAGUUGAUCCCAUUGUCAAGAUUUUGAGAUACAAUGGAGUGCGUGAAUCGAGCAUUGUGUGGUUAGUUAAAUGUCAGUCUAGGACGCUGAUGACGUCGUACAAUCGCCUUGAGGAAAUUCUGGAGAAGACCAAGGGAUUGGGCUUUGAUGAUCCUUCUAUGUCAAAGUUCGCUGUGGCUAUGUUAGCGGUCGUGGGGAUGAGCGAAUCGACGUGGGAGAGGAAACUCGAUGCUUAUGGCAGGUGGGGUUGGUCUAGAGAUGAUGCCAUGAGUGCUUUUGUGAAGAGUCCUUGGUGCUUGAUGUUAUCCGAGGAAAAAAUAAUGGCAGUGAUGGGAUUCUUUGUCAAGGAAAUGGGGUUUGAAUCAUCAUAUAUUCAUGGACAUCCUUGGUUGAUGUCCAUGAGCUUAGAAAAACGGAUUCGUCCCCGAUGUUUGUUUUUCAAACAUUUGUCGUCACAUGGCUUGAUGAAGACGAAGGUUGGCUUGAGUUUCCUGUUGACGAUUUCGGAAGAAGAUUUCCUGGACAAGUUUGUGACCCCUCAUCUCGAGGAAGCUCCGGAAUUGCUGGAUAUAUAUCGGGAGAAGAAGCAUAUGGCAAUGGGGACUUUGGUUCCAUGA